CUUGUAAUGAAAUAUUGUAUAGGAUCUGCUUCAGAUUUUCUGAAAGUUCACAUAAAGCCAUUACAAGAAAUGGAAAUAGCAGCAAUUACACAUGGUGCUCUCCAGGGAUUAGCUUACUUACAUUCUCAUGCCAUGAUCCAUAGAGAUAUCAAAGCAGCAAAUAUCCUUCUGACAGAACAAGGCCAGGUGAAACUUGCUGACUUUGGAUUGGCUUCCAUGGUCUCUCCUGCCAGUUCUUUUGUGGGAACGCCGUAUUGGAUGGCCCCAGAAGUAAUUUUAGCCAAGGAUGAAGAACAACAAUAUGGUACUGAAGUAGAUAUAUGGUCUCUUGGAAUAACAUGUAUUGAACUAGCGGAAAGGAAGCCUCCUUUAUUUAAUAUGAAUGCAAUGAGUGCCUUAUAUCACAUAGCCCAAAAUGAAUCCCCUACACUACAGUCUAAUGAAUGGUCUGAUUAUUUUCGCAACUUUGUAGAUUCUUGCCUCCAGAAAAUCCCUCAAGAUCGCCCUACAUCAGAGGAACUUUUAAAGCACAUGUUUGUUCUUCGGGAGCGCCCUGAAACAGUGUUAAUAGAUCUCAUUCAAAGGACAAAGGAUGCAGUAAGAGAGCUGGACAAUCUGCAGUACCGAAAGAUGAAGAAGCUCCUUUUCCAGGAGGCACAUAAUGGACCAGCAGUAGAAGCACAGGAAGAAGAAGAGGAACAAGAUCACGGUGUUGGACGGACAGGAACAGUGAAUAGUGUUGGAAGUAAUCAGUCUAUUCCCAGUAUGUCCAUCAGUGCCAGUAGUCAAAGCAGUAGUGUUAACAGUCUUCCAGAUGCCUCAGAUGACAAGAGUGAGCUAGACAUGAUGGAGGGAGACCACACAGUCAUGUCUAAUAGUUCUGUCAUCCAUUUAAAACCUGAGGAAGAAAAUUACAGAGAAGAGGGAGAUCCUAGAACAAGAGCAUCGGAUCCACAGUCUCCACCCCAAGUAUCUCGUCAUAAGUCACACUACCGUAAUCGAGAACACUUUGCUACUAUACGGACGGCAUCACUGGUUACAAGGCAAAUGCAAGAACAUGAGCAGGACUCUGAGCUUAGAGAACAAAUGUCUGGUUAUAAGAGAAUGAGGCGGCAACAUCAAAAACAGCUGAUGACUCUGGAAAAUAAGCUAAAGGCUGAGAUGGAUGAGCAUCGUCUCAGAUUAGACAAAGAUCUUGAAACUCAGCGUAACAACUUUGCGGCAGAAAUGGAGAAACUUAUCAAGAAACAUCAGGCUGCUAUGGAAAAAGAGGCCAAACUGAUGUCCAAUGAGGAGAAAAAAUUUCAGCAACAUAUUCAGGCCCAACAGAAGAAAGAACUAAAUAGCUUUUUGGAGUCCCAGAAGAGAGAAUAUAAACUUCGAAAGGAACAGCUUAAGGAGGAGCUGAAUGAAAACCAGAGCACCCCCAAAAAAGAAAAACAGGAAUGGCUUUCAAAGCAGAAAGAGAAUAUACAGCAUUUCCAAGCAGAGGAAGAGGCUAAUCUUCUUCAACGUCAGAGACAGUACCUAGAGCUGGAAUGCCGUCGCUUCAAAAGAAGGAUGUUACUUGGGCGCCAUAACUUGGAGCAGGACCUUGUCAGGGAGGAGUUAAAUAAGAGGCAGACUCAAAAGGACUUGGAGCAUGCAAUGCUACUGCGACAGCAUGAAUCCACGCAAGAACUGGAGUUCCGCCACCUCAACACAAUUCAGAAGAUGCGCUGUGAGCUGAUCAGAUUGCAGCAUCAAACCGAACUCACUAACCAGCUGGAGUAUAAUAAACGAAGAGAACGAGAACUAAGGCGAAAGCAUGUCAUGGAGGUUCGACAACAGCCUAAGAGUCUGAAGUCUAAAGAACUCCAAAUAAAAAAGCAGUUCCAGGACACCUGCAAAAUCCAAACCAGACAGUACAAAGCAUUAAGAAAUCACUUACUGGAGACUACACCAAAGAGUGAGCACAAGGCUGUUCUGAAACGGCUUAAGGAGGAGCAGACCCGGAAGUUAGCCAUCUUAGCUGAGCAGUAUGACCACAGCAUUAAUGAAAUGCUCUCCACACAAGCUCUGCGUUUGGAUGAAGCACAGGAGGCAGAGUGCCAGGUUUUGAAAAUGCAGCUGCAGCAGGAACUGGAGCUGUUGAAUGCAUAUCAGAGCAAAAUCAAGAUGCAGGCUGAGGCACAACAUGAUCGAGAGCUUCGGGAGCUUGAACAGAGGGUCUCCCUCCGCAGGGCACUCUUAGAACAAAAGAUUGAAGAAGAGAUGUUGACAUUGCAGAAUGAACGCACUGAACGAAUACGAAGCCUGCUGGAGCGUCAAGCCAGAGAAAUUGAAGCUUUCGACUCUGAAAGCAUGAGACUAGGUUUUAGUAACAUGGUCCUUUCUAACCUUGCCCCUGAGGCAUUCAGCCACAGCUAUCCGGGAGCUUCUGGUUGGCCUCACAAUCCUACUGGGGGUCCAGGACCUCACUGGGGGCAUCCCAUAGGUGGCCCACCACAAGCCUGGGGCCAUCCAAUGCAAGGUGGCCCCCAGCCAUGGGGUCACCCUUCCGGGCCAAUGCAAGGGGUACCCCGAGGUAGCAGUAUGGGAGUCCGCAAUAGCCCUCAGGCUCUAAGGCGGACAGCUUCCGGGGGACGGACGGAACAAGGCAUGAGCAGAAGCACGAGUGUCACUUCACAAAUAUCCAAUGGGUCACACAUGUCUUACACAUAAUAAUUGAGAAUGGCAAUUCCGCUGGAGCUGUCCGCCAAAAGAAACUGCCUACAGACAUCAUCCCAGCAGCCUCCUCACUUGGGUACUACCGUGUGGAAGCUGAGUGCAUAUGGUAUAUUUUAUUCAUUUUUGUAAAGCGUUCUGUUUUGUGUUUACUAAUUGGGAUAUAAUAGUAUUUGGCUGCUGGGUUUUGUGUUUUGUCUUGUUUUUAACUUUUGGAGAAAUUUUCUGAAAUGGGGAAUUGGUGUGUAUGUGUGUUUAUCAAAUACACACAGACACACACACAUAUAAUGCAUGUGGUAAAAAGAAACUGGCUAGAUAUGGGGUAUUUUCUGAAAACUGCAAAAACAGAAUCCAGCAAAGUGGCUUGAGUCAUCACUUUUGGGCAACUCUAUCCUAAGAAAUUUGUGAAAAGAUCUAAAGCCUUUCUCCAUAUACCCCACCCAGGUUCUUAUGAGCCACUCACAGCAGGCAGCAUAUGCUUAAGCAAGUUAUUAUGGAAACACCUGUAUCCCCUCACCAAUGUAUUUUGUUUAUUAAAUUGGUCUGACUUUUGUUUAUUAAAUUGGCCUCAUUUGGAGUAAAAAAGGAAGUGGAAAUCCAUGAACACUAAAGAGUUGCACUGACUUUUUCAGAGAGUAGAAGACAACCUAAUUCUUUUUCUUGAUCAC